UUUUCGAACUUUUAAAGGUUUUGAUUUCUUAGUUUUGGUUACUCAAAAAUUUAACUAUUUGUUUACUUUUGUGUCACGGUUAUUAUUAUUUGCUGUUAAUUAAGACAUACGUUAUUCGAUAAAUACAAAGAACUAUAGUGCCUUUGUUUAAAUUUAAAACUACAUGAGGACUUCUUUUAAAUUGUUAACUGAAGUGUAGCGUAUAUUUUUCACACCAGCAUUGCCUUUGGAAAUAGUACGAUUAUCAGAGAAUAAAACAUGAACGCUUUAUUAGAUUAUGGCACAUCUAGUGGAAGCGAAGACGAAAGCGCCGACGAAGAAAAGCCAAAAUCGGAAGAUCAAAAAGACAGUGAGAAGCCUAAGCUUCCAAAGCCAGCGAUUGGGGAGAACAGUCUCCAUACUUCAGUGUUUUCAAAUCCGUUUGCUGAGGCGGAACUUGCCAAAGCUGCAAUACUUGAAAAACAUGUUAAAAUGGUUCCAGGUAAAGACAAUACCCAAAUGAUUAAUGGCAAGAAGAUAUGCUGGAACUACAGAAAAGGGAGAUGUCGAUUUGGGCACAACUGCAAAUAUGCUCAUGAUUCUGAUAUUCAAAAGACUAAUGAAGAAUUGGAGGUUGAAAAACAGAAAUUUAAAUCUGUAGUAUGUGAAGGAUCUGGUACGAUGACAUCUGCCCCUCCACCACAGGUUGAGCUUGAAGUCUCCUCGCCAACACAUGACGACUUUUGGGAGGGCAAAGCUGGCCAGAAGAAAAAGCGGCCUGGCCUAUCUCAAGGUCUCAUACCAGGAAAGAAGGUCAUUAAAAUGUAUAAGGAACAAAAGCUCAAUGAUAUUAGAAAAUAAAAGUAACAAUAAAUA